AUGUCUCGGUUGAAUGGCCUGAAACUGGGUUCGAAUGGUAUAAAUGGAGCGGAUGAGAAGGAGAACGAUGAACCGUCGACUUCAGACCUCGAAUAUUUGAUGGUGAAACGGUCAGCCAUCGCUGAUCCAUCGAUAUUAGCCGAAUGGUCCCAGAAACAUCAGAUUUGGGUACCACACGAGAGGGAUGGUUUUAUUGCGGCUUCCGUGAAGGAAGAUCAAGGUGAGACAGUGAUUGUUGAGGUCAUUGAGACGGGUCAGAAGAUGAAAUUGAGUAAAGAUGAUUGUCAGAAGAUGAACCCACCUAAAUUUGACAAAGUAAGCUGGUUUUUGAUAGUUUUUGUUUGGUUUUUAGGUACAAAGGGUGUUGAGAUUGACGGUGAAUCUGUUACAAAAGAUUACGGGUCGUUUUUGGUUAUAUUACGUUGUUUUCUUUAUUGAAAACAAAUUUAAAGUGCUAAAGGAUGGAUAAUAUAGAGUUUUAUAUUAGUUUCACCCAAUUUUUAGGCAAUAAACCAAAAUUUUAAAGAAAAACCAUGCAAAAAAGUUUGUUAACAUCUUAUUUAUGACAUUUUUAAUCAAAAUUCUAAACUUUGGGUAUAUUAUUGCGCAAAACGGAUAGAAUUAAAUGCUUGUUAAUUAAUGAUAUUGUUUUAGGUUGAAGAUAUGGCCGAUUUAACAUGUUUAAACGAAGCCAGCGUUCUACAUAACCUGAAGGAACGAUAUUACUCUGAUUUGAUCUAUGUAAGUUUAUUUCUAAGUUUGGUUUUCAUUUUUAGGCAUGGAGAAGGAUGUAUUGGUAAAAAAUGGCAAAAACUUUCUUUACAAAACUCAUUUUUUGAAGAACCGCAAGAAUUUUCUUUACAAAAUUAAUCUGAAAAGCCAAACUUUGAGACUUAUUUUGGCCCUUAUACCUACGUAAUUGAAAUAUUGUAACUUUCCAGACCUACUCCGGCCUGUUCUGUGUCGUAAUCAAUCCCUACAAACGGCUUCCAAUCUAUUCCGAGCAGUUGAUCGAAGCUUUCAAAGGCAAGAAACGUCACGAACGGCCACCUCAUAUUUUCGCCAUCGCUGACACAGCCUAUCGCUCAAUGCUGUCGGAAAGAGAGGAUCAGAGUAUUCUGUGUACCGGCGAAUCUGGUGCCGGAAAAACGGAAAACACGAAAAAAGUUAUUCAAUACCUUGCUCAUGUCGCCGGUGCCACUCGGUUUAACAAGCUCACUAAUCAACCGUCCAAGGUAAGGUUUUGGGGCAGGGGAAAAAUUUUUUUUGAGAAGUGAUAGCGAGAAAAGAGAUAUUAUUGGAGAGGUGAAAUUUUUUCGGGCGGGGUAAAAUUUUUUUUGGUGGUGGGGGGAGAGGAUAAAAAUUUUUAUAAAGGGGGAGGAAUGGGUAAAAAAAGGCUUUUUAAAAAGAGUAAAAAUUUUUCCGGCGGGGUAAAAAAAUUUUUUCAGGGGUUGUUCAAAAAAAUUUUAAACGUUUUUUUUUCUUUGAAAAUUGAGUGCAUAACAUAAAACUUGUUACAGGGAGAGUUGGAACACCAACUUCUACAAGCCAAUCCUAUUUUGGAGGCUUUUGGAAACUCAAAAACGGUCAAAAAUGACAAUUCUUCCCGAUUUGUAAGUUUUAUUUUUAAAAUUACUAGUUAUUUUGCACUGUGCAAACAAUUUUACCCAUGCCUUUUAAAUUCUUAAAAAUCUAUUUCAGGGCAAAUUCAUUCGCAUCAACUUUGACAUGAGUGGCUACAUAUCAGGCGCCAAUAUUGAUUUUUAUCUUCUGGAGAAGUCACGAUGCUGCCGUCAAGCUCAGGACGAACGAUCAUUCCAUAUCUUUUAUCAAUUUCUACAUGGCACAUCACCCGACGAGAAGCAAAAUUACCUUUUGGAAGACGUGGCCAACUAUAGUUUCUUGAAAAAUGGCAAUGUUUUGGUACCGAACGUGGACGAUGCGCAAGAAUUUCAUCAGACUAUUCAGUCGAUGAGGAUUAUGGGCUUUGCUGAUGAGGAAAUCACUUGUAAGUAGGGGUGCUUAUAAUAUUUUACAUUAAAAAUGAGGAUUUUAUGGCAUUUUCAUUAGAAAUGAGGAUUUGAUGACAUUUUUCGUUAGAAAUGAGGGUUUUUAAUUUUUUUUUAUUUUUCUGUGUUUUCCGAGAUGCGCUCGCACUUCAAAACUUAAUCAUUCAUUAGAAAUGAGGAAAAAAAUAUUUUCGAAAAUUAAAAAAAAAUUUUGUAAAAUACGUGUUGAGACCAUUUCAGCGGUCCUCCGAAUCAUCAGCUCAGUCCUCCUCUUCGGCAACAUCAAGUUCGUCCAAGAAAAGAAGUCAGAACAAGCCUGUCUAGCCGACGACCGCGUAGCCCAAAAGGUAUGCCAUUUGCUAGGCUUACCGGUCAGCGAAUUCAGCAAAGCCUUCCUAAAACCCAAGAUCAAAGUGGGCCGAGAGUAUGUACAGAAGGCACAGAAUCGAGAACAAGCCGAAUUUGCAGUAGAAGCCAUCAGUAAAGCGUCGUACGAGCGAAUGUUCAAAUGGCUGGUCAACAGAAUCAACAAGAGCUUGGACAGGACCAGAAGACAAGGCACCAGCUUUAUUGGGAUUCUGGAUAUUGCUGGGUAAGGGUUGUAAAGAAAGUUCGUGCUGUUUUUUGAUUUGUAAAGAAAGUUCUUGCCAUUUUUUGAUUUGUAAAGAAAGUUCUUGUCAUUUUUCGGUUUGUAAAGGAAGUUUUUGUCAUUUUUUUGUUUUGUAAAGAAAGCUCUUGCUAUUUUUCAAUUUUUUAAAGAAAGUUCUUGCCAUUUUAUGUUUUGUAAAGAAAGUUUUUUGCGAAUUUUUGAUUUUUGCUUAAUUUAACUUUUUCAGAUUUGAAAUUUUCGAAAUGAACUCCUUCGAACAAAUCUGCAUCAACUACACGAACGAGAAGUUGCAACAACUUUUCAACAACACAAUGUUUGUACUAGAACAAGAAGAGUACCAACGAGAAGGUAUCGAUUGGCAGUUCAUUGACUUUGGCCUCGACCUUCAACCAACAAUCGACCUGAUCGAGAAGCCAAUGGGCAUCCUCGCCCUACUCGACGAACAAUGCCUCUUCCCCAAGGCGACGGACAAGUCGUUGGUCGAAAAGUUGUUGGUCAAUCACGAAAGACACCCCAAGUUUGUGGUACCAGAAAUGAGGGCCAAGUCCGACUUUGCCGUGGUACAUUACGCCGGAAGGGUGGACUACUCGGCCGACCAAUGGCUAAUGAAGAAUAUGGACCCCCUGAAUGAUAAUGUGGUGGCAUUGAUGCAAAACAGCUCGGAUCCGUUUGUUCAAGGCAUCUGGAAGGAUGGUAAGGAGGGGAGAGGGAAGGAUUGGCAUGAGGGGGGGGUGGUGGUUAUGAGGGGGACUAGAGAGCGGGGGGGGGGCUGAGUUACGAGGGGAAAAUUUUUUUUAGGGUGGGGCAAAAAUUUGGUAAAAAAUUUUUUUUUGUUUUUUUUUCAUUUUGAUUUUUCAUUUGAAAUGAGGCUUAGGUGACAUUUUUGGUUAGAAAUGAGGCUUUUAUGACAUUUUUCAUUAGAAAUAAGGAUUUUUAAAUUUUUUUAAACUUGAAAUUUUUUCGAAAUUCAAAUUUCAAUUUUCAGCUGAAUUCGCCGGCAUGGGAGCGACAGAAAUGAACGAGACUGCCUUCGGAAUGCGAACCAAAAAAGGAAUGUUCCGGACCGUUUCACAAAUGUACAAAGAACAAUUGUCUAAACUUAUGACAACAUUGAGAAACACAGCGCCAAACUUUGUACGAUGUAUCAUUCCAAAUCACGAAAAGAAGCCUAGAAAAGUGGACUCACUUCUAGUCCUGGAACAGCUACGAUGCAACGGUGUUCUUGAAGGCAUCAGAAUCUGCCGUCAAGGCUUUCCCAACCGCGUACCCUUCCAGGAAUUCCGUCAUCGCUACGAAAUGCUGACUCCAGGCGUCAUCCCUCGAGGCUUCAUGGACGGCAAAGAGUCGGUCAAGAAGAUCCUGGACGCCCUGGAGGUUGAUGUCACCACCUAUCGUAUCGGAAUGUCUAAAGUCUUUUUCCGCGCUGGAGUACUGGCUAGACUGGAAGAACAACGCGACGUUAAGAUCACCGGACUAGUCAUUGAGUUCCAGGCCAGAUGCCGAGCUUUCUUGGCCAGAAGGUUGUACGAAAAGCGUGUACAACAAAGCAACGCCAUCAGAGUACUGCAAAGAAACUGUGUGUCAUGGCUAAAGCUGAGGAACUGGGAGUGGUGGAGACUCUUCACCAAAGUCAAGCCACUACUUCAAGUAACAAACCAAGAACUGGCUCUACAACAACGAAGCGACGAACUUAAGACCACCAAGGAAAAGCUAGCCAAAACCGAAACCAGCCUGGGAGAAAUUGAAAAAAGACUGGAGCAGUUGGUGGCCGAACGCGCUGAACUACAAGAACAAGUCCAAAAUGAAGCAGAUGAACGUGCCGAAGCCGUGGAUCAAACAGAACGACUCAAAGGCCAAAACGAAGAACUCAGCUACCUAGUACAAGAUCUACAAGUACGACUGGAAGAGGAAGAGAACAGAGGAACACAAACCAAUGAAAAGCUCAAGAAACACGAAGAAAACAUAAGAGAUCUAGAGGAACAACUAGAACAAGAAGAACAGAAGAGACAGAAAGCAUUGCUAGAAAAGAGCCAAGUAGAAGAUCGCCUAAAGCGAUUAGAGGAGAAAGUUGCCCUUCUAGAAGAUCAGAACAACAAACUAACGAAAGAGCGCAAGUAUCUAGAAGAACGAGCCAAUCAACUAUCCCAACAACUAGUCGAAGAAGAAGAGAAAGCAAAACAAACAGCCAAACUAAGAGGCAAAGCCGAGGCACAGUUAACGGAAUUAGAAGCCGAACUAGAAAAGGAGAAGACCAACAGAACAGAAGUGGAGAAACAAAAGCGGAAGUACGAAGGAGAACUGAAUGAAAACAAGGAAUUGCUGGAGGAAAAGAGGAAUAAAAUAGAAGAGUUGAAUGUUCAGCUCAUCAAAACACAUGAGGAAUUGAGCGCUUUGUAUUCGAGGUAAGGCCGGUUUUUAUGCCCUAUAUUUUUUUUGAAAGCCUGGAUUUUCUUGGGCAGGGGGAGUUUUAAGGGUUUUGAUUUUCAUGGUAGAGGAAGGGCGGGGUAAUUUUUCAUUUGGGGGAGGUAAAAAAUUUUUUUUGAAAUUUUUUGUUGUUAUUAACGAACGACAUUUUUUAUUAAAAAUGAGCAUUUUAUGUAACUUUCCAUUAGAAAUGAUGAUUUUAUGACAUUUUUCAUUAGAACUGAAGGUUUUGUGACAUUUUUCAUUAGAAAUGAGGAUUUUAUGACAUUUUUCAUUAGAAAUGAGGAUUUGAUGACAUUUUUCAUUAGAAAUGAAGAUUUGAUGACAUUUUUCAUUGGAACUGAAAGUUUUGUGACAUUUUUCAUUAGAAAUGAGGAUUUUAAAAGACAAAAAAUUCAAAUUUUUUUAAAAAGUUAGUUAUUAACAAUAUUUAUAAUUAUUUUUGAAUUUUUCAAAAUUAAAAAAUGAAUUUUUAGAGCCGAUGAAGACUCAGCCACCGUCGCCCAACUCCAGAAGAAAUGUCGUGACUUGGAAGCGGCGAUGGACGAGAUCAAAGACGACUUGGACAACGAAAGAAACCUUCGUCAGAAGUCAGAAGCCAAACGCAAGGAACUGGCUUCAGAAUACGAAACCCUCAAGACGGAAUGUGUAGAAGCGGUCGAUAAAUCAACCAUUGCCCUCGAAAUUCAACGCAAAAAAGACGACGAACUGAGCCGACUUCAGGCCAGCAUCGACCAACUUCAAGCCGAACAUCAGUCCAAACUAGACGAACUACGACAGAAGUAUCAACAACAACUCGAAGACCUCACGGAUCAAGUAGAACAACAAAAAAGAGCCCGAAACCAAGCGGAUAAAAGCAAAACCGCCAUUGAACAGGAGAAUGAAGAACUACAACAAGAGCUGAGGAACGUUCAGAGCAAUAGAAAUGAAACGGAAAAGAAGAGAAAGCAGGCAGAAGCUGUGAUUCUGGAUUUGAAAGCCAAUCUGUCUGAUACUGAAGCCAAAUUAGCGGCGGCUAAAGAGAACUUGGAAAAGGUGAGAGGGUGGGGGUUCAGGUAGACAUGAGAAACGGGCCGGCCUUGAGCAAAAUUCCCAUCGGGCCGGGCCUACCAUCGGGCCGGGCCGGCCCUGAGCAAAAUUUCGAUCUUUUGGGCCCGGCCCGUUUCUCAUGUCUAGGUUCAGGAGGGUAUGCUUAGAAGGAUUGGGGUUGGUAUAGGAAGGCCAGGGCUGGGGUAGAUUUUUUAAGCCAGAAAUGACAUUUUCAAGCCUAGAAUGGUCCUUUAAGCCUAAAAUGUAAAUUAAAAGCCUGAAGUUAUAUUUUAAGCUUAAAGACAUCUUUUAAGUCUAAAAAGUCUUUUUUAGCUUAAUGGGACCCUUCAAGCCUAAGAGGACUUUUUAAGUUUAAGGCGACAUUUUUAAGCUUAAAACGAUUUUUUAAGCCUAAGAUGACGUUUUUUAGCUUAAGUUGGCACUUUGAAGCCUAAAAUGACUUUUUAAGCCUAAAGUGACACUUUUAAGUCAAAAAUGCUAGUUUUCAGACUUAUUUUAAGCUUACAAACUGAAAAAUGGCAAAGAAUGAAGUCAGUAAAAACCCCAAGUUAUUGAACUCUCAUUUCCAUUUCACUUGAACAAACAUGCCGCAGUAGUUAUUAACUAUGGCAGUUUUAACACUUUUUUUAGUUAGUUUGUUACUUUUUUGAAAAAACGGGGUUUUAUUUAACAAUUUGAGUUUAGUAUAGGGAAAAAUAUACAGUGGAACAACUUUUGAAUCCUCGUCUACCACUACACAUUGCAUUUAAAACUCUUCUAUAACGAAACUCCUUUAUAACGAACAAAUUUCAAAUCUCCGAGCGAUUCGUUAUGCAGGAGUUUCACUGUAAUUAGCGUUUUAAAAAACUUUUUUAGUUGUUGGAAAAAACUGAAUAAUUAGAUUUUAGCCUAGAAAUUGAUAUUUUUUAGUUUUUUAGUCUAUAAAUAAAUUUUCAAAAUUUUUUUUGAAAACUUUUGUACAAAAAGGUAAAAAGGUAUAAUGUUUGCCUAUUUUUCAGAUUGCUCCAGAAUUCGAACAGCUCCAACGCCAACGCGAGACCUUUGACCAACAAAUCAACUCUCAACAACACAAGAUCGCCUCACUGGAAUCACAAGUAAACGAAAGUCAGGAGCUGUUGGGCGACGAAACUCGCCAAAAACUCACCGCCCAAAGCUUGAUCCGCCAACUCCAAUCCGAAAUCCAAUCCUUCAACGAACAACGUGAAGAAGAACAACUUCAUCAUCAACGAGUCCAAGAAGACUUGGCCGUUAUGCGACAACAAUUGGCCGAAGAAAAGAAAAAAUCGGAGGAAAACGCGGCCGUUCAGCUAGAAGAACACAAGAAGCGGUUCCAAAAGGACGUGGAGAAUCUUCAGAAGGAAAUCGAAGAUGCUCACGCCGCCAAGGAUAGGGCGGAGAGGGCCAAGAAGAAGGCUCAACAGGAGGUAUGGGGAUUUUUUGAAUUUCUAGAGAUAGGGCAGGGUUGAACACAAGGCAAGGUGUCUCUUAAGGUCAUUUGCCUUGAGGCAGGGCAUCAAUUGAAGCUUAAAAAUCAUUUUUAAGUACCAACUUUCUUUAAAAUGAGGGUCUACUAUAAUAUAAACAUACUGUAAUAUAAAUCGACUAUAAUAUCAAUACUUUCAGCUCGAAGACCUCACCAUGGAGCUGGAAAACCUAAGAGCAACAGCUCGUGACGCCGACAAACGCCAACGCAAAUUCGACCAACAACUAGCAGAAGAACGUGCCAAUCUUCAACGUGCAGUCUCCGAACGUGAUCAACUCGAACAAGACUACAGAGACAGAGAAACCAAACUUCUAAGUCUAACAAACAAGUUUGAAGAACUACAAGCUCAAUUUGAAGAUACAGAAAGAGUCAAAAAGAUGCUUCAACUCGAGCUGGAAGAGUCGGUGAGCUCGAAGGAUGACGUCGGAAAGAAUGUUCACGAGCUGGAGAAGGCCAAACGUGAGCUCGAACAACGAAAUGCUGAUCUGCUGAGCCAAGUGGAAGAGCUAGAAGAUGCGGUACAGAUAGCUGAAGAUGCCAGACUGAGAUUGGAGGUAACGACUCAAGGACAAAAGGCUGAGUUUGAAAGAAUUCAAGCGGCCAAAGACGUUGAAGAUGAAGAGAAAAGACGGUCCUUACUAAGGCAGAUCAGAGAGCUAGAAGAAGAACUGGAACAAGAACGAAGAAGCAAAGUCUCAGCCGUUGGCCAAAGAAAGAAGCUGGAAAAUGAAGUAGCCGAACUAAAACAACAACUCGAUGUACAGCUACGACUCAAAGACGACUACUCGAAACAGCUGAAGAAGAAUCAGCAAAUGCUGAAGGAGCUACAACAAGAAACCGAAGACGCUAAAACUCAACGAGAAGAACACGCCGCUCAAGCCAGAGAAGCCGAACGCCGCAUGAGACAAGCAGAAGGCGAGGUAGUGAGAUUACAAGAAGCAAAUGAAUCGUUAUCAGCCCAAAAGAGGAAGCUAGAAGCCGAAAGAGAUGAGCUAGAGGAAAUGAGAAGCAAGCUGGGCAGUUUGACUGGAGAGGAUAAGAGAAGAUUCGAAAAUCAGAUCGCACAGCUUAAGGAUGAACUUGAUGAAUCGGAAAAUGCGGCAGCGGAAUGGCAGGACAAGUGGAGAAGGGCACAACAAGUGGUAAGUGGACUUGUAAAGGAUCGAAUCAGGUUAGACGUGGGUAAGGCCGGGCCUACCAUCGGGCCGAGUCUGAACAAAACUCAGGUCGGGCCGGUCUUGGAAAUAUCGGAAAAGUUCCAUUUGGGUCUAUUUAGUAGUAAGAGCUUUCGGCUGUUUUUUGUUGAUUUAUGUUACAUUUUUGUCUGUUUUUGGUUGAUCUUGGGUAAAUAUUGAGGGGUUUUUGAAUGGAUGGAAGCAAUAGAAAGGUUGUUUUUUGAGGGCCGUGCAGAGUAAAAACGUUGUUUUUGAGCAUGGCGUGGUACUUUAAAAAAAUUAAAUUUUGAGGCAUAAUGUGUUUGACAAAUGCAAUUUUUAACAUUUUUUAUCUUAAUCUGCCUUUUCUAAUACUACCUUACUCCUUUCUACUCUAUUACCGUAUAAAAAUAAACACCGUAUUUUACUCUAGCUUACCUACCCUCGCUCUAUUAUACCUUACUUUCUCUCAAUCCUGUGUAACUGACGCUUCUUUACUUUACUCUUUUCUACCUGACCCUGCUCUGCUCUACUUCGCCUUAUCCUGUUCUAUCCUUCUCUACCUUACUCUACCUUACCCUAUCUUUUUCUAUUUUACUUUAAAUUACCCUAUUCUACCUUAUUCUGUCAUAAUUUCUUCUACACUGACCUACUGCACGAAAAACAGUACUAAAAUUACUAAUUUGAUAUCGAGUUUUAAGCUAUUUCUUGCCAUUUUCAGGCCGACACCACCUCGAACGACCUAAACAGCGAACGUUCUCUGACCCAGAAACUAGAGAACGACAUUCAGUCGUUGGAACGCCAGAAUCGUGAGCUCCGUGCCCAAGUCGUGGAGCUAGAAACCGUCACUCAAACUCGUUCACGAACUCAAAUUGCCUCAUUAGAGUCGCAAAUCAAACAACUGCAGGAUCAGUUGGCUAGCGAGUCGAGUGAGCGCCAGAAUGCGAACAGACUGGUCAGGAGGUUGGAGAAGAGGGUGGCCGAAGCCAACGCUCAAACCGAGGAGGAGAGACGAUCGUUGAAUGAAUUCAAGGAAGCUGUAAGGGUUUACGAACUGAAAAUUUCAAUUGUUACCGAAAUUUGAAAAAAUGAUGAUAACUUUCUUUACAAAACAAAAAUGGCAAAAACUUCCUUUACAAAACAAAAAAUGGCAAGAACUUUCUUUACAAAACAUAAAAUGGCAAGAACUUUCUUUACAAGACAAAAAAUGUCAAGAACUUUCUUUACAAAACAUAAAAUGGCAAGAACUUUCUUUAUAAGUUUUAAACCCUCAAAACUGUUACCUAAAUUCAUUUUUAAAUGCUUUUCACUCGAUUUUUUAAAAAUUUUGAUUUUGCAGGCCGAACGAGCCAGCGCCAAAGCCCGUCAAAUGCGACGUCAAGUCGAUGAUCUAGAGGAAGAGGUGUCACGUGAACGUGCACGUGCUCGCGCCUACCAACGCCAACUCGACGACGUUCACGCCAACGAACCCAUCGCCUAA